UUCCCCCUCAACUUCCCCCCACCCCAAACACACAUAUUACACUCUCUGGGACACCUAUCUCUAGCCCUUCUCCUCCCCAGAGGAGACAGGUCGACAGAGAUGUGGGGUGGGGGGGAAGCAGCCUCUGCCCCCCACCCCUGGCAUUUGGUCCCUUCCUGGGGACAAGAGGGGAAAGAAGGGCAGGCGUCUCAGAUCUGGGAAAACUCGUCCUUCUCUGCUGCCUCAGAGCCUGUGUCUUAGCCUCAGCUCCUGCCUAUUUCCCCUAGCGCAAACUGGACUCUUCCCUGCUGACCCUGAAAUUGUACCCCUCCUUCAAACUCACUCUGCCCUGCCUAGGGUGCAUCUGUCUCUGGGGACAUCACCUGCUCUUCUCCCCCGCCCCCAGCCAACUUCCCUGCCCCCUCUCUUGCACCCACACUGAGAAUUUCCGGCUUGCCUAAAGCCCACUUUUGCUAAACCACCAUGGGACAGUGUGAUGGAAAGCAGAGGGCUGGGCAAUGAACCCCAGAUUCAAGGAGGAGGGUAGCGACCAACUUAUUUCGGGGGGGGGAAUCCAAGUUGUGUCAUCUUCCCUACAAUCACACUACCCCUCCAGAAUUCCUGUGUCUGACUCCAAAGAAAUUGCUUUCUCCCAUUCCUCUGUAGCUUUUUUCCCGUUCCAAAAACAGCCUACAAUUUUAUUUAAUGAAAGACACAUUUAUGAACAAUCAAAUGAUCCUCAUAAAAUUUUUAUUGAAGGACGUAAAAACAAGCUACUUGCCCACGACUGAGGUCGCUCUCUCGCCUUGCCCGCUCUCACCCUGGCUCUCUGCAGACAGAGCCCUGGAGUGACUUCUUUUUGGGAGGCGGGGGAGGGCAGGAUGUCUCAGAGAUGGAGUUGGGGGCAAAGGAGGGUGAGCAGGAAGACGGGAUGGGGACACCCCACUGAAGUUGUGUAGGUCUCUCCUCCACUUCUUCAGGCUGGCAAAGAAAGAUAGAUACAGACAAUAAAUUUAAAAUAAAGGCGUUUGCAUAUCUGUGCCAAAGCCAAGAGAGGACUUCUGGUGACAAAGGUGUACGAGGUCCCGAGGUCCUACCCCUCCCACCCGCGGACCACCUUCUCCAAGCUUCCCUUGCCCCAAAUUUGGGGGGCUGAGUUGGCCAGUGGCAGAAGGACGCUCCCUUUCCCCUCCUUCCCUCCCUCCACCCCAGCUUCCCCAGUCCCCUCCCACUCUCCCUCCCUCGCUGCUGCUGCUCCUGAAAGAAAUACAUACAUACACACUGUUUAAAAACGUAUUUUUAAAAGCCACGUUCGGAACUGACAAUCGCUGAUCUCGGCUCGCGCAGAGACUGCGGGAGCGUCGGGGCCGACAGAGACGGAUUACGUCAAGAAAUAGUUCCUCCACCUACCUCGGCCGGCCUCUCCGCCCCUGCGGGGCUCCCGCGCCCAGCUCGGCCCCGGGGGUCCGGAAACCCUGGCUUCGGGGAGUGGCACUUGCACACCAUUAAGAAAUCCUCCCGGGGGUGGGGGCGGAGGCCAUCUGCUUAGGAGUGGACAUGAGCCAGGGGCUUCUCUGCUGAGAUGCGAGUUGUCCUGAGGGGGUGGCCGGGUCCUUGGGUCCAGAGUUGCGAACCCCCAGGAAAACGCAGGUCGCGGGGAUCAGCAGAGAGAAGGGGGUGGGAGAAGGUUAAAAAAAAAAAAAAAAAAGCCAGGAAAAAAAAGCCCCUGCGCAUUGAUCCGCGCCGUAUUUUUGGGUAAAUACGAUCACGUGGGGGCCGGGGAGCCAAUGAGCUGCGGAGAAAAGGCUGGAAAAAUAAUUACCUGCCUUGAUUGUUCUGUGAGCAGAUAAAAAGUACAUAUACAGUUCAUACAAUAAUCUUAUGUAUGUAAAACCCUGUUACGAUGUCGGCGACGGGGCCCAUCAGUAACUAUUACGUGGACUCGCUCAUCUCUCACGACAAUGAAGACCUCCUAGCGUCCAGGUUUCCGGCCACGGGGGCUCACCCCGCCGCCGCCAGACCCAGCGGUUUGGUGCCGGACUGUAGCGAUUUUCCGUCCUGUAGCUUCGCGCCCAAGCCGGCCGUGUUCAGCACGUCGUGGGCGCCCGUGCCCUCGCAGUCGUCCGUGGUCUACCACCCGUACGGCCCCCAGCCCCACCUCGGCGCCGACACGCGCUACAUGCGGACUUGGCUCGAGCCGCUGUCCGGCGCCGUCUCCUUUCCCAGCUUCCCGGCCGGGGGCCGUCACUACGCCCUCAAGCCGGACGCCUACCCCGGGCGCCGCGCCGACUGCGGCCCGGGCGACGGCCGCAGCUACCCGGACUACAUGUACGGCUCGCCCGGGGAACUGCGCGACCGCGCCCCGCAGACCCUGCCCUCGCCCGAGGCGGACGCCCUCGCCGGCAGCAAGCACAAAGAGGAGAAGGCCGACCUGGACCCCAGCAACCCCGUGGCCAACUGGAUUCACGCCCGCUCCACAAGGAAGAAGCGCUGCCCCUAUACCAAGUACCAGACGCUGGAACUGGAGAAGGAGUUUCUCUUCAAUAUGUAUUUAACCAGGGACCGUCGGUACGAGGUGGCCCGGGUUCUCAACCUCACCGAGCGGCAGGUCAAAAUCUGGUUUCAGAACCGGAGAAUGAAGAUGAAAAAGAUGAAUAAAGAGAAAACCGACAAGGAGCAAUCCUAAACCCUGCCCCAGCCUGCUGCCUCGGCACAGCCAAGGGAAAAACAAAAAACCCACAAAAAUACCCCAACCCAGGCGGGAGACAGCACGAGAAAGAAAAGGAAAGAGCAAGAUAAAGAAAAGCCAAUCGGCUUAAAAAGAAAAAAAAGGGAAGGGGAGAAGGAAAACUCUUGCGAUUUGGGAGGGUUCAGUGUUGAGAAAUUGGUGUUUUAGUUAGUUCUACCCAGCAAGGAGGAGGAGGCCGGGAGAGAAACCGCGUUCUCUUCUCCCAGCGCGACUGAAAUAAAUGACACACACAAAUGUGA